GUCCAUAGAAAUGUUAAUAAUUCUUUCCGGAUAGUGAACGGUGAGGACCGCUGAAGGAACCGGAAGAGAGGGAGAGAGAGAGAGAUAAAGAAAAAGAAAGAGACGGUAUUUGGAGAAAUCUCCAGCCCAAACUGACCAUUAGAAAGCUCAGAAAACCAGUGCUGGCUCGCAAUGAGAUGCUGAGCGCCACUCUUCGCCAACCGGCUGCUGUUUCAUCCAGGGGCAGACUCCCGGUGAAGAAAACUCUACAUGGGCGUUUUUACCAUCUCUGUUGAUUCUCAAGGAUCCACGGUUGGAUAUUUUCGAAAUGAACCGAAUGAAAGAUGUGAGCAUCGAGAAGUGUUGUAGAGUGUAUCCGCUGCCUCCUCAGCCGCAACAGUCAUGUCCACUGAACGCAGUGAUUCAGUGAUUUAGUAUUUAUUUUCAUGAUAAAUGCGAAAAAGGAUUUACAUUUUGACAUUAGGACUUCCCAACUUUUCGCUGUGUUUUGUUGUCAGUUUUGCAGUCUCUGUCUGUGAAACAAAGAUCUCAGGCUACAUCAAGUCCGUGGAAAACAGCGACUUGAGAUCUUUCCCAGACUGAACAACAUUUUACGGCUGUUUCCCCCCUCUCCCUCUGCAAGCAUCUCCUCUGGUUACACUGGAAGUCGCCACCCAUGUGGCCCUCGAGAGUGGGGAGCAGGCAGCCCUGUCCGCGGGAGUCAGCGCUCCGCAGGGCGGCCAUCAGUGGCAAUGUCCUCGCCCUGCCGCAGCACCACGUCCCCACUGGCAGGAGUGUCCGGGUUUUCAUCUGCGCCAACCCCGACGACACAGAAGCAGAGAGGAAUGCACUGAAAGAGCAUGUAUAUCCCAAACUACGAGACUUCUGCAGAGAGAACUAUGGGAUUGAGUUCCAGGUGGUGGACCUGUACUGGGGGAUGGACCCAGAGGAGUGGGACAGUCCGAACCUGCAGCGUCUCAGGAUGAAGCUACUAGAGGAGUGCCUCCAGACAUCUGCAGGUCCAUGUUUUGUUGGGCUGGUGGGGGAGAAGUAUGGCAGUAUCCGCGUGCCAGGGGAAGUGGAGGCUCCAGAGUUUGAGAUGAUCCUGGAUGCGGCGUUGGAGGCGGGGCUGGACACACACGUCCUGGAGGAGUGGUACUGCCGAGACGAGAAUGCCGUGCCACCAGCCUACUACCUCAAACCCAAAGCCCAGAUGUUGAAGAACUACCAGAACUCAAUGGAGUCGAGCAGUGCAGCCAAGUUGAAGAACGACAAGGCGUGGAGGAACGUGUCUGAGGAGAUCAAGAGGAUCUUCCGUAGGUCUGUCCUGCAGCUCCAGGAGAAGGGCACCAUGAAGCCCCCUCAAGCCAAGAAAUUCCUCUGCUCUGCCUUGGAGGAUGAACUGGACUUUGCAUUGGGCAAACAAACGCCAGCCUUCCUCAAGAAGUGUGUCUGCUACAUCCGCAAGAUCUCCAACUUCGACCGACAUGCGAAGCUCCCGGAGAUGGCCAAGUACAUGGACAUCGUCGUCGCUGAGGACCGCGUCAUGCGUAACCAGGAAGCCUACGAACGUCUCUUAAAGGUGCGGGAUGAGUUUAUCCCAACAGUGGUGGCCUCGUCGAACCUCCGCGUCUACUCUUCUGUGACGCAUUGCGACAUGAAGCUAGGCUACUCCCAGGAGGUGGAGAGCCACUACGUCGAAGGCUUGUGUAAACAGUUCUACGAGGAUAUGGUGGACAUCAUCCAGGCCACAGUCCAGCAGAACUUUGACACAGAGACGGACCCCUUGUACGAUGAGAUCCUCCAGCACCUGUCCCUGUGUAAGAACUUCUCUGCGUUCUACGAUUAUACGAGCGAGACGCUGGACCUCGUGCAGGAGUAUCUGCUGCCGUCUAAGGGGAGUAGGAUGAGUCCUCUGGUUGUUUACGGCGGGCCAUGCACGGGGAAGACACUGCUGCUAGCGGAGGUGGCCAAACAGGCCUACAUGUGGCUCCAGACGGAGAUGGGCCCUGAAACAGACCCGGUUGUCAUUGUCCGCUUUGUGGGCUCCUCCGAGUUCGCCACAAACCUGUGCACCCUCCUCCAGAGCAUCUGUGAGCAGAUAGCCAUCAACUACAAUUGCCUGAUCCACUUCCUGCCCAACAAGAUCCAGGAGAUGAGGGAGCUGCUAGUCAACCUCCUGGGGGAGCCCUCUUUCCACCGGCCCCUGGUCAUCGUCUUGGAUGCCUUGGAGCAGCUCUCAGAGGCCGACGAGGCCCGCAAGCUGUGGUGGCUCCCCACCCACCUGCCUCGCACUGUCCGCAUCGUGGUCUCCACAUUACCCAACAAGCACGGAAUCCUCCAGAAGCUCCGCUGUUUGAUUCAUGAUGAAGGACGCUACGUAGAGCUGGUGCAGCGGGACCGUAAGGCCUGUAGUCAGAUACUGAAGCAGCAGUUGCUGGGGUUGAAGAGGAAGGUGACCUCGGGACAGCAGAUCUACGUCAACGAGGCGCUGGCCAAGUGCACGCUACCCAUGUUUGUCAACCUCAUCUACCGGGAGGUGGUGCAUUGGCGCUCACACAAGGAUGUGGAUGACCGCUCACUGUGCUCCACCGUGCAUGAGAGCAUCGAGCAGCUCUUCUACUCGGUGGAGAACAAGUUGGGGCAGCGGUUUGUGUUCAGGGCGCUAGGAUACAUCACCAUGGCCAAGGUGGGGUUAACGGAGGUAGAGCUGGAGGAUAUUCUGUCAUUGGAUAACAGUGUGUUGGGAGAUAUCAUGGUGAGUUCAAAUCUAAAAAACCCGCUGAGGAUCUCUUAUGACCUGGUGGCGAGGCUGAAAGAGGAACUGGAGGGGUACCUGCUGGAAAGGCAGGUGCAUAAUGUUACCCUGAUGGUGUGGGCCAACAGACACCUGCAACUCAUCGCCCAGAAGCUGUAUCUUAGCAAUGAGGAGGACGUGCACCAGAUGCACAGCCUCCUGGCCGAAUACUUCCUGGGGGCGUGGUCGGGCGGCAGGAAAAAGAUAUUCCACUGUGACAACAACCACUUUGCCUCGCUUAACAUCUCCCAACAUAAGAAUCCACACUCCCAGCAGCCGUCCCACAAAGAAGCAUCCGCCGAGAAGUACUCCUAUGACAGGCAGACCCCCGAGCAGCCCUGGGUGUUCCAGUGCAACCUCCUGGAGCCUGAUAUAUUCUUUGUCAACCACAGGAAGAUGACCGAGCUCCUCUACCACCUAACUAGGAGCGGUCGCAUGGAUGACCUCAUGUACGGGAUCAUCAUGAACUUCAGCUGGCUCUACACCAUGAUCAAGAUAGGGCAGUUUGAGAAGGCACUGACUGACAUAGAUGUAGCCUACAGCUACUCCCAGGAGAAAGAACUAAAGUUUUUGGCCACCACGCUGCGCAGCAUCAAGGUCAAAGUGAUGAAGAACCCGGCGUCCCUGUCCGCAGAGCUGCAGCAGAGGCUCCUCCCCGUGGUCACCUCUUUACCCAAGCUUCGACACCUCCUCCUGGAGUGCGACAAGGACGGACCCAAAUACUGCUCCAUUGUGCCCCUCCACUCCUCCAUGGAUGUCACCUACAGCCCUGAAAGGCUGCCGCUGUGCUCCAGCUACAUGCAGAUCGUGGAGAUCCUGCCCACCCUAGCCCCCAACAUCGUACUUGUGGCCCUGGAGGAUGGGUCCGUGAGCACAUGGGAUGUGGAGAGCAGGCAGCUCCUCCGGCAGAUAGACACGGCCCGUUCGGUUGUCCUGGGAAUCAGGCUAACCAGCGAUGAGAAGUACCUGGUCGUGGCAACCACCAAGAACACACUGCUCAUAUAUGACAACCAUAAGUCUUGCCUGCUGUCCGAAGUGGACAUCAAAGGCUCCAAGCAGUGUGGUAUCACAGGAGGGGUGGCUUUCAUCAACGGGUUCAACCUGUCCAGCCAUCAUGCCUUGGCCUGGCUAGAGGCCAGUAAAGAUGUCAAUGUCAUCGAUCUGCUCUAUGGCUGGCCCCUCUACCAGUUCCACUGCUGGUAUGAGGUCACCUGCGUCCAAUGCUCCCCGGAUGGAAUGUAUGCCUUCUGUGGUCAGUACCUCAACACCACAUCCAUCUUCCAUCUGGGGACCGGGGACAAGCUAGCUACGGUCACGUCAGAGUUCUCCGGGGGAUUUGUCAAGUCCAUCUUGGUCUUGGACACCAUUCACCAGAUGGUGAUGAUCGAUAAUGAGGGGAGCCUGUCAGUGUGGAACACCAAAGAGAUCACCAAUCCCAGACUGAUGGAAGAUUAUGACUGCCGGGGGGACGAGAACGAGGUGGUAGGUAUCGAGCUGUCAGAAGACCAGCGCUCCAUCCUCAUCUGCAAAGACAAGAGCAUCGAGGUCCUAGACACCAAGUUGUGGAAGAUGGCAGAGAAGUUCAAGGCCAAGCGCGCUGAGCGAUUCGUGGCUGCAGUCCUCUCCAAAAAUGGCCAAAGUAUCGUGGCCUCCAUGGAGAACACGUCGUCCAUAUUUGUGUGGAGGAGGGACAGUGGGCAGUGCAUGGCCAGCCUGAUUGAGAUCUCUGGGGCCAUCGUCAAACUCAUCAAGUCCACCCACCAUAACCUGCUCCUGUCUGUGGCCAGCAGUGGCGUGCUAUCAGUCUGGGACAUUGACAUCAUUACAGCCAUGUCCAACAUCGACAAAACAGGCAAGAGGAUCCAGAGCUUACAGCUCUCUGGCAGGGAGGACUUUGUGUUCACCAUGGACGGCUCCGAAGCCAUCCACAAGUGGAACUUCAGCACAGGCUUCAUAGAGACAGUCUUCAAGCAUGAGGGCUUGGUGGAAAACUGUGUCCUGACAUCCUCCGGGGAUCUCAUGGUGACGUCUGAUGACAAGUGCAGCCAGUACAUCUGGCACACGGCCACUGGCGAAAACAUCUUCCGCAUUAACGGACAGAAGAUAUCCCAACUCCUGAUGACCCACAACGACCAGUUUGUGGUUUCCCUCUGUGAACAGAACUGCUCCCGAGUCUGGAGGCUGGCCACUGGACACAAGGUGUGCAACAUCCUGGUGACCCUCCAGAAUGCACUGAUCACCACUGCAAACACCUUCCUGGUGGGGACCACUAAAAACAAGCUGCUCGCCGUGAGCCUCUGGUCAGGCAGUAUUUCGAAGAAGUUUGUCUGUGACGAUGGCAUUAGCAUUGUCAACUUCAAGCUCAUUCCUGACUGCCCUGACUUUGUUGUCUUCAUCACAUCUACAGAGACUGUGUUUAUAUGGAGUGUGGCAGAUGAGUCUGUCUGCAGACGGGUCCAGCUGCCUACUAACUUCCUAAAAAAUCUGGAGGAGUUCCAAAUUUCACCAAAUGGGAAACUGGGCAUCAUCUCCAAAGGCGACGAGAACAUUAACGUGUUGGAUCUUCAUAGCGGGAAGCUGAGGCUUGUCCACGCCGCCGGUAUCAUCUGGCGGCAGAAGCUGUCGAGGGACGGGCGCUACCUGGUCUAUGUCUGCUUCCGGAACAGUGAUGAGGACGAUGAGGCGGGCGUGGUGUCCAACCUGAUCGUGAUGCGUCUGGCGGACGGAAAGAGCAUCGGGACAUGCUCCCUCUACAAGACGCCCACCUUCCUCUGCCUGUGCCAGCGAGCGCUCAACAUCAUCAUCGGCUUCGAGGAUGGCAGCAUCGGCACCUAUACGGUGGUGGACAGGGUGGAUGCCGCGCUCAAGAUCAAGAUUGCCACAUCCAACAGUCGGCAGAUUGUCAACAACGCCUCACAAAAGAUAAGGCCCAAGUGUGGCAACCACACCUUCAAGACCAUUGCAGACUGCGUGUGGAGGGAGUCCACCGAGGUCUUCUCCAGGGAUAGCCCCAUCAAUGUGUCUGACUCUGGGGAGGCUGAGACCACCAUCCCCACCAAAAAGAGCGAACUGUUGCAGUGAGAGUGUGGGAGGGUGGAGCAAUGGGUGAAGAUGCUAGGUGGAUGUGUGAUGUUUCUUGGGGUGUUGAAGUUUACUCUUGUUUACAGUCGCCUGAUUCAGCUGCAGAUGUCAGUCCUCUGGGUAUGAACUGACUGCUACUAUAACGUUGCACUCAAGUCAUGUAUUACAACCUUUAUGGUGUCAUUUUAGUUUUUUUCUUCACGUGAUGACUGUUAGAAUUCAAGUAGUUUUUUAUGGUUUGAAAACGAGGAAAUAUAGAAAAUAUAUUUAAUCUAUUGGUUUGCCAUUGUGUCCUUUUGCAUUCGAAGAACAAAGUCUAUUUACAUUUAUCUGUUUUACAUAUCCAAAGCCAUUCCAGUGAGCUUGAAUACUCUUCCUUAUACAUGUAAUUCUUAAGAAAUGUUUAGUUUUGUUUUAUUUACGUCUACUGGUACUGUGCAAAAAAAAAGGAAGAACUAUAAAUAUGUGUUCAUAUCUCUUUUGGCUGCUGCAAUUUGUGCAACUCCUUAAAAAAUGUUAUGUUGUGCUUAAUGCAAUCAAAGUGAGUGCCUGGAUUAAAAAAUAUAUUUUAUUUUCAUGCAGACUACUGAGAACUACGAAGAUGCAGGGAAUUUGUAAACACAGUAUAUACAGAGAUACAUAUACUAGCAUACAUAAUACAUUUUAUUGAUUUAAAUUAUCAAAGAAGAAAAAUUAUUGAGAGUUAAGGUACUUUAGUGGCAGUGUUGAAUUUGAGGAGGAGAUUUGGAGAUUAUAAAUCCAUGUAUAAACAUCUAUUAACAGCUGGUCUAAGUUUACCUGCAGUUUCUGGUUCAUGAAUUCCUUGUUUUUAAGCAGACACCACUGUACGCAUCCACACCACAUUUUACAAGAGAGAGAGAGAGAGAGAGAGAGAGAGA